UUGCAGACAUCCCGGGCCUGAUUGUGGGAGCUCACAAGAACCUGGGUCUGGGCUUCUCCUUUCUACAACACAUACAGCGCUGUGCCUGUCUCCUCUAUGUGAUCGAUCUGUCCUACACCGAGCCCUGGACCCAGUUCAGGGCCCUACAGUACGAACUGGAACAGUACCAAGAGGGACUCUCCAUGAGACCUAAUUUGAUCGUGGCCAACAAGGUGGAUCUAAGUGUGGCGGAGAAAAAUCUGGAGGUGUUAAAAGCCAACGUGGACUUACCUGUUAUUGCUAUUUCUGCUGCCAAACAGACAGGGGUGGAGGAAUUAAUGAUGCAGAUUAGAAAACUUUAUGAGAAGCAUAAAUCUGAAGAAAAGAACACUGUGAAUGAAGUUAGAGGGAAAGUGACAUAGUGUUUGAAUGACAAAAUUCAUUACAACCAUUUAAAUGUUAUUAAAAUAGAGUAGGAAUAUUUUAACAGAAGAGGUGACUUUUGCAAAGUUUGCUCUGCACAAAUCUUAAGAAGCUCUAUACCCUAAGUAAAAAUGUUUUGGGGACUUUAAAAAUAAAUGUUUCACAUAAAAGUGUACAUAUUGCAUUUUAUAUCUAGUUUAUUUUUAACAUAGGGUACUACAAUAUCUUUCCCCAUUGAAGAAAAAUAUGAAGAUAAUGAUGUAUGUAUCAUUGAGCAGAAAUAAUGGUUGUUUCCUUACAUUGGUAAAAUGCAUGCAAAUAAUGUAUUCAUUUACUUUAUCCUAGUUUAAAAUUGUUGAGAAUACUUUGACCUGUUACAAUUGUUACCAUUUGUUUUAUCUUUUGAAUAUAAGGGCAGGUCACUCUUACUGCAUAAACUACCCUACAAUAUCAUCACUCAGUGUUAGAGUUUCGUUAAUGAUGCUGACAGGUAGCAAAAUCAUCAAAUAGCAUAUGAGUAUAUAAAAACAACUUGAAAGUGCUAUAAAUAUCUGGGUUUCACACUUUUGUCUGUUAACAUAUCAAGGUUCUACUCUGAAAAUCAUCUGAGAACUGGUAUUAUCACAGUAAGUAACUAUUACUGUAUUGCUAUUUACAUUUAAUCUCCUUGCAAUAGGGUUUUAAAGUCAACAACAGAGUAUUUCCCAACAUUUUAAAUACUGUUUCUUUAAUAAGAAGUUGGAGAUGAUUUGAUGUUAUUGUUCCAAAAUUGGUUUCUGUAUACUGUACAUAAUAGAAAGUAACUUAAUCAACAAUUUUUCAGAUAUUAUUACACUACAUACAUGACUGUACUGUGUGCUAUAGAAUUAGUAAAGAAUGAUUUAA